AGCAGUGAAUCAACACACUAAAGACACCAAGCAACAAACAAACACAGAAAAUAUUCGAAAAACAUUUGGAUAUUUUUCACAGAACUUUUCCGAACGAAACGAACCUUAAGUUAAUUUUUUCCUUAAUUUGACUCGAAUUAAUUAAAAAAAACAAACGAAAAGCAAUCAAAAAUGGUUGUCGCAGUAAAAGUCUACAAAAAACAAACACCCAACGGAAAACUAACCGUUUAUUUGGGCAAACGUGACUUUGUCGAUCAUCUCGAUUAUUGUGAUCCCGUAGAUGGCGUUCUCGUCGUUGAUCCUGAUUAUCUUAAAGGGCGCGCUGUCUUCGGGCAAUUGAUCACUACUUAUCGUUAUGGAAGAGAAGAGGAUGAGGUUAUGGGAUUAAAAUUUUCGAAAGAAAUGAGUUUGGCAAAAGAGCAAAUUUUCCCCAUGGUUAACUCCAAGAUGGAAAUGACUCCGAUGCAAGAGCGUCUUGUGAAGAAACUUGGUGCCAAUGCUUAUCCAUUCACGUUUCAAUUUCCCGCCAAUGCUCCAUCUUCCGUAACUUUACAAGCUGGCGACGAUGAUCAAGGCAAACCAUUAGGUGUUGAGUACUCACUGAAAUGCUACAUUGGAGAAAAUGAAGACGACAAGCAACAUAAACGAAGUUCCGUCAGUUUGAUGAUCAAAAAGUUGCAAUAUGCACCAACUUCACGCGGGCGUCGUCUUCCAUCGUCUCUCGUCUCGAAAGGUUUCACCUUUUCGCAAGGAAAGCUUAACCUUGAAGUGACCUUGGAUCGCGAAAUUUACUAUCAUGGCGAAAAAAUUGCAGCAAAUGUCGUCAUUACGAAUAACUCGAAGAAGACCGUGAAGAAUAUCAAGUGUUAUGUCGUGCAACAUUGCGAGGUUACUAUGGUUAAUGCUCAGUUCAGUAAGCAUGUUGCUUCGUUGGAAACUCGUGAAGGAUGUCCAAUUACUCCGGGAGCAAGUUUCACUAAAUCAUUCUAUUUGGUACCAAUUGCAAGCAGCAAUAAGGAUCGUCGAGGAAUCGCUUUGGAUGGUCAUCUCAAAGACGAAGAUGCCAAUCUCGCCUCUUCUACGAUCGUUGCUGAGGGAAAGCAUCCCGGCGAUGCAAUGGGUAUCGUCAUCUCGUACUCAUUACGUGUCAAGCUGAAUUGCGGAUCGUUGGGCGGCGAACUCGUAACUGAUGUUCCCUUCAAACUGAUGAAUCCUCAACCCGGAACUGUUGAUCGCGAACGCGUUAAUGCCAUGAAGAAAAUGCAAUCGAUUGAACGACAUCGCUACGAAAAUUCGCAUUACGCUGACGACGACGACAAUAUUGUCUUUGAGGACUUUGCUCGCAUGAGAAUGAACGAACCAGAAUAAAAAAAUUCUCAAACGAACAAAUUUUUCAGAGCAAUGUGACAGGAAGUGCAUAAAAAAAUAAUUUUAACGAAAAAAAUGUAAAAAAAACUAAAAAUAACGAAAAAACGAAAUAAAAAAAGAAGCAACUUAUCAUCAACGGAACAAAAAUUCAAAAAUUUUCCUUUAA